GUAGUUUUACAGUGCACUGGAGAGAAUCCGACUCCAUAGCUGAGCACAAUUCUCAGAGAUUCCUCACCAUUCUUACACCUGUAUAAAGUCAAUGAUCUCUUUAGGGUUUUGUUCAAGAAAUGUCUGAUCAUCAUCACUAGUCCCUUUUACUCAAGAACCAGAAAAAAUUUCACUCUGUUCAUGGAAUUGCAGUGGUAGUGGAAUUGUGUGUUGAUUUGGUUUUUUUUUUUCCCUGAGAAUGGUUUGGUGAAUUGAAUCAAUGGAGGAAGAUGAUCAGAAGUGGCGAUGUACGAGGACGGGCACACCCAAUUGGAGGUGCAAAGAGAGGGUUUUGAGUGGUUACGCUGUGUGUGAGAAGCACCAUUUCAUGCAGAAGCGUAACCAACAGAAGAAGAGGAGUAAUGAAGUUUCGGCCGGUGAAAGUGGCGUAGCUGGCCGGAAAAGAAAAAACAGGAAGUCGGAAUGUGACCGGAAUUUCUUGUCCGUGACGGAGAUGGAGGUUCUUGGUGGUGGAGUUCAGGGUCGGUUUGGGGAAGCUGCAGGCACAAGUGGUGGUUCUGUUCUCGACGGGGAAGGAAUUCCGGUCUCGUCGGGUGGGAAUUGUAGCUUAGUUCCUGAUGGUCAUGGUGGUCAAGACAGAUUGUGUGAGAAGCACCAUUUCAUGCAGAAGCUUCACCAACUGAAGAAGAGGAAGAAGGAAGUUACCGCCGGCAAAAGUGGCUUAGCUGGCCGGAAAAGAAAGGAUAGGAAGUCGGAAUGUGACCAGAAUCUCUUGACCUUGACGGAGAUUGAGGUUCUUGGUGGUGGAAUUGAGGGGCGGUUUGGGGAAGCUGCAGGCACAAAUGGUGGUUCUGUUCUUGAUGGCGAAGAAAUUCCGGUCUCGUCCAGUGGGAAUUGUGAAACUGCAGGAAAGGAUGCAGGGAAGGAUGAUGGUAUGGCUCUUGGUGGUGAAGAAAAUCCGGCCCGGUUCAGUAAAGUCAACAAUGCCAUUCUCUUAGAGCUUUCGAUUCAUACAAAGGCAUUGGCUAUCCAAGAUUCAACAGCAUCGGUGCCCGUGGAUCAGAAUGAUUCAUGUGUAAUUGCAAGGGAUGGAACACAAAAUGGAGCACGUUGUGAGGUCGACGAAUCAGCUGUCUGUAAUUCUAAGAAAUUUCAGGAUGAGCUAAAGAAGCUAGGUCUAAAAAUAAAGUGGCAUGAAGACAAUAUCAAAUCUUUGAAAACUCAGAAGACUAGUUUGGAUGACUCCAUUCUGGAUAGGCAAGUUAGUCUUGGCAAGUAUCAUUCAUCCAGUGUGCCUUGGACCGAAAAUGAGGAUAUUUCCCACAUAAAGAGUGAGGAAGAAACGGUUGAACAUAUUAUAAGGCAGGAGAAAUCGGCAGCUGGAAUUUUGUUCCAAUUAAAAACUCAUCAUGGCGCUCAGGCUUAUAAAUUUCCGUUGACCAAGGAUGUGCUUGGAAUUGUUGCUUCACUUGGCAAAGUAGAUGAUGAUAACCUUAGCAGGCUUCUCUCGGAGUAUUUGGGGAUGGAAAUUAUGCUGGCAGUUGUUUGCAAGACUUAUGAGGGCGUUAAAGCCCUGGAAACAUAUGACAAUGAAGGAUCUAUAAAUGAAAGUUCUGGUCUUCAUGGGCUUGGAGCUUCUAUUGGAAGGCCUUUGGAUGGCCGAUUUCGUGUAAUUUGUCUUGAGACUUUAACACCAUAUGUCGGCAAGUUUGUAGCUGAUGACCCACAAAGGAGGCUUGAUCUUCUAAAGCCAAGAUUACCUAGUGGGGAGUCUCCACCUGGCUUUGUUGGGUUUGCUGUGAAUCUGAUAAAUGUUGAUACAAUGAACCUAUUCUGUCUAACAACAAAUGGGCAUGGCCUCAGGGAGACUCUUCUCUAUUUUCUUCUCUCUUGUCUGCAAGUGUACAGAACACGGGCAGACAUGCUACAGGCUCUACCUUUUAUAUGUGAUGGAGCCCUAUCUUUGGACGGAGGGAUGAUAAAGAAUGGUGUUUUUUGCCUUGGCAGACGAAGGGAAGACGUGGAUGUGAAAUUCCCAAAAAGCUCCGGGAUGUCAAAUAAACCUGUGGACUAUUUUGAUACUAAAAAUCAGAUAAAGGAGAUGAAAUGGGAAUUGGAAAGAUUGCUGGAAGAUAUACAGAGACAGCAAGCAUUGUUGGACCAUGCAAAGUUCAAUUUUAGAAUAAAGAAGCAAGAGUUUGUCAAGUUCCUGGCGGAAAGUUCACGGUAUGCAACUCAGAAUUAGUUCGGUCAGGGCGUGAUAGAUUAACUGGAGAUGAUAGCUGCUUUGAAGAACCAAGUAUUGAAGUUAGUCGAGGAGAUUUCUUCUUCAGAUUCGGAAAAAGGAAUGUGUCUCCCGAGUUCAGACUGGAGGAAUUUUUUCUUCGAAUUCAGGUUCAGCAGAUGCAAAAUCAGUGAUCCCCUAGUUAUGAUUGUGGGUGAAAUUAACCACACAUGGUGUCCCUUGAGGAUUGAUUUGUACUGGAGAAACUGAAAUCGAGCAUCGAACACAUGCACGUGCAACGUGCUGGUUAUUUGUACAGCAGAUGCUGUUGAUGUUGUAUUUUUUUCCUAAUGCUUGUACAGUUACGUAGUUGUAUCUACUGAUUUGCAACCUUUGAUUUAGGUUCAAAGGCUCUGAGCAUUUUCCAGUCAAAAGCACAGAGCCAUUGUGUUGUGUACUUAAAAUGUUUCUCUUCUUUUCUAAAGACAAGUUGGGACUGGGAAAGGCAAGGAGAUUUAGGUAGUCUCUUUGAUCUGGUUGUAGUUGUUUUAGAGACAAUCUGUGCUUCGCUGACCAGUUAAAGCUUUGUCCAAUGUUGUGACAUUUGAAAACUGCUUUGCAUGUUUUUUAUGUAACAAUUUUUUUUCUUCUUUUCCUGGCAAACUAGGGGAAGGGGGGAGACUCGGACUCGAGCACACCGGUUCGGAAAGUUGGAUUCUCUACCAAUUUGGACACGGGUAGUUCCCGUAGAUAUAGCAAAUUUGAUUUGUAUUCUUGUAUGUUAGUGGCAUGUUGGAACUGAAACUGUCAUUAAGGUCCAAUUCUUUUGGGCUUCGCUUUGCGGAUUUUGU